AUGUAUUUUCUCCUUUUUUUAGCUGUGAAACCCGGUGAUCGUGUGAAAGCUUUUGGUGGAAGAUUUGAUGGUCAAACUGGACUAGUUCUCCGAGUCACUGAUAACACAGCAUUUGUGUGGUCAGAUUUGGGAGCGGAAGAGGUGAGUUAUUUUUUGGGGGGAAAUAAGGGAAAAUUCAUGAAAAUCCAAGUUUUCGAGAACAAAAACAUUGGAGCAAAAAUGUUUUUUACAAAGUUGAAACAAUUUGGCACCAAGAAUUAGAUUUCAAAAAUAUCCUCUCAACCAACAUUUUUUCAGUUAGAAGUUCGUGUCGAUGAUCUCCAAAUUUACACCGAUACAAAAGGAAAACAAGAAGAUCGACAACUCUCCGUAGCUCAAAAUGUUGAUCGGGGUGAAGAAGAGAACAUAAAAUUGGUAGAAGAAGAUGUUGGAGAAUGUGUUGGGGAGGAAUAUGAAUCACCGAGAAAUGAUGGCGCCGUUGAUUUCAUUGAUGGCGAUGGUUUUAUUGAUGGCGAUGGUUUUAUUGAUGGCGAUGAUUUCAUUGAUGACGAUUCAGAUAUUGAUGAUAUUCCGAGGUAAGAAAGAGCACAAAAAGCGUUUUACAGUUAAUUGUUUAGAAAUGAUACACUUCCGUCAACAAACCAAUCAAGUUUAUGGCUUGUCAAAUGUCGAGGCGGAAAAGAAAAAAUCGUUGCAUAUGAAUUGUUAAGAAAGUGGUUUGCUCGUGAAAGGGAACCGAUGCAAAUUACGAGUGUUGUGGCCAAAGAGAGAAUUAGAGGAUGGAUAUAUGUCGAAGCCUAUGAAAAGUCACAUGUUGUGUCAGCUAUUGAAGGAUUUGCGGCGUUGGAUCAGUCAACGAUUACGGUAAGAAGAGGAUUUGGGUGAAUAUGGGGGAAUUUCUAGGGGUUUCUCAUUAAAAAUCUCAAAAUUUGUGAAAUCUUCUCUAAGAAUUGUUCUGAAACCUUUAGAUUUUAUCUAAAAGUUUUUAAAAUUUUCUGAAAAAUCACGAAAUAAUCCACAUCGAACGCUGUUUUUUUGCAGAUGGUGCCAAUCAAUGCUAUGAAAGAUGUUCUUCGCGUGGCCCCGGAUAUUCAAAAGCUGAAGAUUGGCCAAUUUGCUCGAUUCAAACGGACAUUUUAUAAAUACGAUUUGGCGCAAAUUGUUGACAUUGAUAUUCAACAGAAUCUUGUUAAAUUGAAGAUGGUUCCGAGAAUCGAUUAUGAGGAGAUACGCGGUGAAAUGAGAACAGAAGCUGAUCAAAAAUAUAUAAUGGAGAGGAGACCGAAGAAAAGGAUGUUUGAUGCGGAUGCGGUGAGGUUGGUGGAAGUUUCGGCCAUUUUUGAUGAGAAAAAUUCUUGAAAAUCGAAUUUUCACAGGAUUCUAAAAACCUCACGAAAUGUAUCUUCUUUUGAAAGCCAACAUCAGAAAUUCUCCUAAGUCUCCCUUUUUUCCAGACAACAUGGUGGAGAAGUGUUGGUAAACGGCGAUUGGUGCAAAUUCGAUACCGCCAUGGGUUUCUCUACAAAUACUUCCCAAUUGACAAAAUCGUAAGCCUUUUCCAAGAAAUUCUGUCAGAAAUUUCAAAAUUCUAAUAUUUUCAGCUUGCUGAUGAUGUCAAUCCAACACCUGACGAACUCGAAAUUUUCGAAGGUGUUAUGAUGCCGGAUCAAGAGGAAGUAAGUUUUUUGAGGAAAAUGUGAAAAGUAGUCGAAAAAUUGAACAUUUGAAUUAUUUGGCCAGAAAUUUGUCAAAACUGUAGUAGAAUAACAAUGAUGGAGAAUAAAUAACUGUUUUCAGAUGGUCGACUACAGGGAAAUGGCAAUCAAAAAUGGGUUGUAUAACACAAUGAUCAAUUUCAAUAAUAAAUCCAAGGUAUGUUUUUCUUGAAGUUCAGUGUUUUAUAAACGUGCCCAGUACAGGGAAAUCUGAAAAAAAAUACUGAAUGGUUGGAUCCCAGACAAAUAGUAGCCAUACAUUGAACAUAAUACACAUUUAAUAUUACAAAAUCGAUCCAUUUUUUUGAUUUUUGGAAAAAAAUUUCGCUCUGAAUUUUGGCUUGUGGAAAAAAUUUCGACCUGCAAUUUCAGGUUCUGAAUGUGGUAUGCUUCUACCAAGGGAAUGAAUUAAUCAGAAAAAAGUAAGCAGUUUGCUUUUUUUGAUUCAAGAAUUCAACAUUUUUUCUUGAAACUACAGUACCCCAAAAAAAAACAAAAAUGUUGCAAAAAAUAUUGAACUCGCAUAGCGUGACUGAAAAAGACUCAUUACAAAUGUGGCCCACAAUAUCAUUUUUUUUUCAGCAAUUGCAAAAUCCGUUGUCAGAUGUAUUGAUGUUAUUCGAUUCGAAAAAGUAGGAGUCUACACGUUCAUUAGUAAGAAAUCAUAAAGUUUCAAAUUAACAUUUGAAAAAUGCAAUGUUUUUUUUUAGAUCGAUCUACUUAUCAGAAUUUAUGAAACUUUGAACUUUAGCGAUGAUUUUUUCCAAUCAAUGAAAGAUGACAAAGUUCGAGUAUUUUUCGAUAAAUUUAUAUCUGUGAGUUUAUUAUUCGAAUACAUUUCACAUGUUUCAAGAGGUUUACAAAUCUGAUUUGAUAGCAAGCAUUGCAUUUUGAAAGAAUUUUUAAACUCACGAAAAACGGUUUGUUUUGUUUUCAGGGUUUCUCCAUCGAUCUUCUUCUCAUAUCAAGAAAAUUGGAAAAUCUGAAGUUGCUGCGAUUAUUAUGCGAUGUUAAAUUGCAACUUCCAGCAUAUGUUGUGAGAUUGGGAUUCGAAUGGGACGAGGAGAAAACUCGAGAAAUCAUCCAACAUUUUUUGGCGACAAGAAGUGUCAAAUUUAAUGAUUUGAAAGACGUGAGUUCUUUUACUUCGUUUUUCGCGAAAAAAAAACUGGUAAAUGUUUCUCUUUUCACCAAAAUUCAUAAAAAAAAUUUAAUGUCGUGACGAGAACACAUUUCAAGAAGAAAACAUGUAUUUUUCACACUUGCUGUCUUGAAAGGAGUGUGGGUCUCGUCACGGUUAGCACGUACUUCGGAAUAAUUUGUGAUUUUGGUGAACAGAUUGUUAAAAAAAAACAUUUUUCAGUGUUUCUUCGCACAUAAAUAGAUGAAAAACAAAUAGAAUUUAUUUCAGCUGUUGUUGACCGCAAUUAUGAAAAGCAAAAAUGGAUCUACAGGCGAUUUUGAAAAAGCGAUGGUCUCGAUGUUUGGCUCCAAUAGAGCAAUUGCGUAUUUUGCGGAAAUACAAUGGCAACACUGA